CUCUGUCAUGUGCUACCGAUUUUGGCUUUAGGAAUCUCAACUUCACACUCGCCUUUUCACAUGUUUAGGGAACAAUGAAAAACUAUUUUACUUGAAUAGGGAGUAAGAAGGAAAUGGUUUUCUUAUUUUGCUAUUUUCUUGUAAAACCCGCCACGGGGAGGGCACUCGGGUACGUCACUCACGACUGUACACGAAGCCGCGUUUACUAUUCGCCCAUUUUCAAAUUAGCGUCUCUUUGGAUUGAAUUUACAAGCUUUUUGUUGAUGGCAAGAGCUUGAAGAGAAACGCAAAACAAAAGCAUUAUCUUAUACAAUAAACAUAUAACGGAAGAACCUGCAUAGGGAAAGCUGUUUGAGCGGUUUUGUUGUUUAAAUCUUGGCUAUUGUUUUACAGCUCGUCAGCGGUGGCGUGACUUGUCUUCGAAGCCGUUUGCCUCGUAUACGACUUGGCAUUGUUGUACUCGUCGCCGUUUCGGUGUAUGUUUCAGAAUUUUAACUUUACAAAGCUUGCGGCGACAGAACUGGUUUAUAGGAUUGAGACUUAUCAAACUCAAAUAGCGAAAAGACUGAAAAUAGCGCGUGAAAUUUGUGCUGCUCGGUGAACUUCAACGGAGAAAGAAGCAUCGCACUGAACAAGAUUUUCGUCGAUUUUCCCAUGGUUUACCAUGCUCUCCCGACAAACAUUUUAAAUGUAUUUCUUGCUUAAAAUAUGGUCAGUGCUCGCGAACUAGUUAACAGUUUAAAAGGAACGCCGUCGCCAUAUACGUGUCCUGUGUGCGAAAAGGUUUACAAGAGUUGGUGUGGAAUUGAAUAUCACUUGCUUCGCUAUCCUCAUGAUGGCGUCGAAAGGGGAAGCUCAAAGGUUUCGCCUUCUUCAAAGCGUACGAAAUCUAAGCGCGGACGUGGUCGGUCCAAAAAUAAGCGAGUAAGCUCUCCUCCACCUCAACCAGCCCUGGUUCGUGAAACUCUUACUUACGCACAAGCUCAAAAAAUGGUCGAGUUUGAUUUCGACGGGCUUCUGCAACGGUUUAAUAUCGACGAUAUGCUUGGUAUCGUGGAAGAUCCCAUAAAGAGCCAAAAUACAUCAGUUGACAACACGGAUGGGCUGACUCCUAAAUCCACUACCAAAACAAAAGGUAAAGCGCGAUCCAAGAAUAAAUCCAAAUCUGGAAAUGAAAGCCAGGCCCAGGUUCUUGGUUUACCUAAAGCAGAGUUCCACCUUGAAGUUGAUUUCAACGAGCUUGAUGCUCCCCCUCGACCAAAAACUUAUUUCAGAUUUAUUGAGAAAACAUCAGAGGAGCUUGAUGAGGAAAUUGAGUACAGCGCCGACGACGAGGACACAAAAUGGUUGAAGAUAGUGAAUGAAAAAAGAAAAGCUGAAGGUCUUUCUACUGUGUCGCAAGAUGUUUUUGAAUUGCUUAUGGAUCGCUUGGAGAAAGAAAGCCAUUUCGAAAGUCAGAAUACUUGUGAUCCUAACCAAUACAUUGAUGAGGAUGCUGUUUGUUGUAUAUGUAAUGAUGGCGAGUGUGCCAAUAGUAAUGUAAUCCUUUUUUGUGACAUGUGUAAUCUUGCUGUGCACCAAGAAUGCUAUGGUGUGCCCUAUAUACCCGAAGGACAAUGGCUGUGUCGGCGUUGCCUAAACUCACCUUCCAAACCAGUUGAUUGUGUUCUGUGUCCAAACAAAACAGGGGCAUUUAAACAGACUGAUGAUAAUCGCUGGGCUCAUGUUGUUUGCGCCUUAUGGAUUCCCGAGGUUUGCUUUGCCAACACUGUCUUCCUAGAGCCAAUUGAUUCACUACAGAACAUUCCGUCUGCUCGAUGGAAGUUAAGAUGUUACAUAUGUCGUAAAACGCAAGGAGCUUGCAUACAAUGCUCUAAAACCAAUUGCUAUACAGCAUUCCAUGUGACUUGUGCACAACAAGCUGGCCUGCAUUUAAAAAUAGAACCUACACGACUGGAUGGUGGACAGCCAUCGGUCAAGAAAUCCGCAUUCUGUGACAUUCACAGUCCAGGUCUAGGCAAGGGCAGUCUGUCUGUAAAUGGAAGUACGAAGGGUAGUGAUGAUGAAAAGGAAACACCAUCCGCAAUUACCCCAUUAAACCAAAGAUCUCCAAAAGACUUGAAGGAGAUACGUAAGCGUCUCUCCGAGAAACAUCCAACAGUGCCAAUAGUGAACAUACCAUUUGUCCCUGCUCACAGAUUGAGCAAAAUCGUAAGUCGUGUGGCCAUUCAAAAGAAAUCGCAAUUUAUAGAGUCACUACAAUCUUAUUGGAUGCUGAAACGACAGUCUAGAAACGGUGUUCCUCUUCUACGUCGUCUACAGGCCGCACAUCAGAACAAGACAAACGGACCAGAAGAUCAACAAAGACGUGAACAAAUAGCAGCGAUGAAGGAACAACUGCAUUUCUGGCAGAGAUUACGUCACGAUCUGGAGAGGGCGCGCUUGCUGGUCGAGUUAAUAAGGAAGAGGGAAAAGUUAAAGAGAGAACACCUGAAAUCGCAUAUAAAUGUUUUGGAUUUAAAAUUGAAGCCAUUGUCUACGUUGUUGUCAAGAACAUGGACGCAGUUACUCGCCAAAGAUCCCGGCGAGAUCUUUCUUGAGCCCGUGGACACAAAUGAGGUCACGGACUAUUGCGAUGUAAUCUCGGAGCCAAUGGACUUCAGGACGAUGCGCGAGAAAAUUGAUGGCAACGUCUACAAGACUUUCGAUGAAUUCGAGAAGGAUUUUAAUCUUAUUUGGAAGAACUGCAUGUCGUACAAUGCUGAAGACACGAUUUAUUAUCGAGCUGCUGUACGACUUAGGGACCAGGGCAAGACGGUAAUACGUAGUGCGCGUAGAAUGGUCGAGAGGACUGGGAUGGACCCAGAGAGUGGCCUGCUUACACCUGAUGCUCCUUCAGCAAAAGACAGAGAGCUGACUCAAGAAGAUUUCAUCUUGACUGAAGAGCAACGUAAAGAAAUGAGUUUGAAAGAACAAUUGGAGGACUUGCGAGAGAAACUGACGUUGACGCAAGGUAUAAGAUCUGGAAGCGCUAGAGCUCAACGAAAUCGCCAGAUCCGGAAGGAUAUAGCUUGUCUUCGUCGGAAAAUUAACCAACAACAUAGAGAGCACAAUGCGUCUCAUUCUAGUGUAAACGACAAUUUGGAUGGAGGCACUCCGGCAAAAAGAGCCAAACUAUCUUCUGACGUGUCGUUGGAAUCUAUCGACACACCGAAACAAGAAGUUUCGUCAGAUGUUUUCGAAAACAGCCUUGAGCAAAAUGCAAGAGACGUAGAACCUGUUGGGAAUACAGCCGGAACUCCUAGCAUGACUAACCCGCGACCGGGCACAAACCGCCGUAGUGGCAUUCUAUUCAAUAAGAAUAAAUUUCGCGCCCAGCAUAAUGCCCAUGUAAAAAAUAACGACAAAGACCUUGGUGUUUCUAUAUUUGAAAACGGCAACGUCGCAGAUUUGAUCGGAAAGAACGGUGAAGUACGCCGAAAGUCGACUGGUCUCGAUUCGAAUGACGAAAACAAUUGGAGUAACUUGAAUAGAUUAGUGUAUUCCGAAGACACUUUAAGUAACGAAGUAUAUCCUGGACGCAAGACUAGCCGUCUAAAUAGUUAUCCCCAAGAUGCCCCAGAUAUCAAGGAGUUAGCUGCGCAGGACGCUGCCACGCAACGCAAUCACUAUAAAGAGAACGCGCAGCCAAAGUCGAGAAAUUCUCGGAGCAGUACGACUUCCGAAGACGGAACGGAGAGGAGUAAUGGUGAUGUCGUAACGUAUGGAAAAAAUCUAGAUCGUAAGUCUCGAAGCAGAUGUAACUCAGAAGAAGAUUUUAACACGACCGACAGCGAGUGUAAUGGUGGUCUUUAUUCUCCUCAAAACUCAGACACCGAGCCAGAUAUGUUUGAUUAUCUUGAUCUCGUGUGGGCAAAAUGCCGCGGUUAUCCUUCUUAUCCUGCACUGAUAAUCAAUCCAAAAACGAAGCGUGGUUUUGUUCAUAAAGGCGUACCCAUACCUGUACCUCCUGAUAAUGUAUUAAAAGAGCGUAAAGCGACUGACGAACAUCUGUACCUCGUACUUUUCUUUGAUGCUCGUCGUACGUGGCAAUGGCUACCGUCAAAGCUCUCUCUUCUUGGUCAGAACAAUAGCGUUGAUAAGACGAAACUCUACGAGGGCAAGAAGCCGUCAUUGCGCAAGUCAGUCCAGCAAGCAUUUGCGCGCGCACUCUCUUACAAGCAGCAGAUCUCUACGCAGCCGGAUGAUGAUGAGGAGGUGAAUGGUUAUGCGUCAGAGGAAAGCGACGAUGAAGAUGUCAAAAAUAAUGAAGAAAUUGAAGAGGAUUAUUGAAUUAUAUUGCAUUUGUGCUAAUAUGCUUUGUACUCUAUGACAUGGUCCGACAAUCUGAAGGGAAUUUUAGGUUGGGAAAGCUGGUAAAUACCUGCCGAAUUGAAAGUUUGAGUUCCCCGAAUGCAUCGAUCAUCGAACGAAUCAUCUCCAGAUAUAUUCAUAAUUUGUCAGCGAAACUUUCGUGUUUAAGAAUUUUGUCUGACCAUGAAUGUUUUUAUGCGCCAAAGUGUAAAUAGAAUUUCAAGCUGUGUAGAUAGUAUUCUGUAGUGUGUGUGUGUGUGUUUGUUCGUUUGUGUGUUUGUGCUGUGUGAUCAUUUGUCACGAUCUGUUGAAUUGAAUGAUAGUUCCACAUAGGAAAUAAACAUUUUCCGAAAUUUUGUUGAGAAUCUUGUAGCAUUGAUUUGUUAGGUGAAUACUUUCAUUUCCGAGAAUUGACUAAAAAGUUUUAUUUGUCAAGUAGACGCUAGAAAACGUUACUUUGCAUCGAAUAAAAUUACAUUUAUUUAUAAAA